AUGGCAACCCAAUAUUGGCACAACCCCCGCUACAAGCCGAAGCGAUACCAGGUGAUAGCCAAGGUGAGAUACCACAUCGAACUCCCCUUGUCCACCAAGCUAAUCAGGCGACUCCAAGAUGUCCCAAUGUCGGAAGGCGUGACGAGCGAGGCAAACAUAAAACAGGAUAGCGCGACUCCUGGGCCAGGUGCCACCGCCGCUGAAGGCACUGAGGCACUACAAGCAGAUGCAACGGCCAACGCUGACACGGAAAUGGGUGACAUGCCUGCUCCUGGUUCCAAGGGAAUUACUGCUGCUGAAGGCGACGGUGCCACUGAUAACCAAGAAACCAAAUCGAAGGAGAACGUCGAGUCAGCGGCCCGUGAGCACCUUGUCUCUCAAACUCAUGCGAUUGUUCUGCCUAGCUACAGUACAUGGUUCGAUAUGAACAGCGUUCACGAUAUCGAGCGGAAGGCAAUGGCCGAAUUUUUUAACAAUCGAAACAGAAGCAAAACCCCUGCUGUUUACAAAGAUUACCGCGACUUCAUGAUCAACACGUAUCGCCUGAACCCAGUAGAGUACCUGACCGUCACCGCUUGUCGCAGAAACUUGGCUGGCGACGUCUGCGCCAUAAUGAGGGUUCAUGCUUUUCUGGAACAGUGGGGUUUGAUUAAUUAUCAGGUGGAUGCUGAACAACGACCAUCGCAUGUUGGCCCCCCUUUCACAGGCCAUUUCAAGAUUAUAUGCGAUACGCCACGCGGCCUUCAACCGUGGCAGCCAUCUGCCGAUCCCAUCGUUCUGGAAGGAAAAAAGAACCUGGAUACUGAUAAAAAGUCAGCCUCGAGUGCUGGGGCUAAAAACGAUCUCAACCUUGAGAUUGGUCGCAAUAUCUAUGAAGCUAAUUCGAAGGGAUUGUCGGUGAAUAAGUCUGAGACCAAAGCGAAUGGAGAGACACCAACUACAAACGGCGUGUCUGGUACAGAGGAUGCAACUAUGUCUGCGAUCUCCAAGGUCAACUGCCACCAAUGUGGCAACGAUUGCACCCGGGUUUAUUAUCACAGCAGCCAGACAGACGCCAGUUCUAAAGCGAAGUACGACCUUUGUCCCAACUGCUUCACAGAGGGUCGUCUACCAGCGAAUCAUACGUCAAGUAUGUAUUCUAAGACGGAGAAUCCGACUUAUACAUCUAUCGUGGAUCGGGAUGCGCCUUGGACCGAUGCCGAAAUUCUUCGUCUACUGGAAGGCUUGGAACGAUUUGAUGACGACUGGGGAGAGAUUGCUGAUCACGUUGGUACGAGGACGCGGGAGGACUGUGUGCUCCAAUUCUUGCAAUUGGAUAUUGAAGAGAAGUAUUUGGAUUCGGAGAUGCCUAUGAGUGCACCUACCGGCUUGUCUAUGCUCGGGGCACAACACGGUCAUCUGCCCUUCAGCCAAGUAGACAAUCCAGUCAUGUCUGUUGUUGGAUUUCUGGCAAGUCUAGCGGACCCUGCAAGCACCGCCGCGGCUGCCAACAAGUCAGCCGAUGAGUUGAAGAAAGGUUUGCAAAAGCAAUUGAACGGCAGUAAACGCAAUCAAGAAUCCAAUGGUGCAAGCAAUGGUGGCGAGAAGGCAUCUGGUGUAUCCAGGGAACAAGACCAAACACGAUAUGGAGGCGAAUCGAUGGAUGUGGAUGUGCGUCAUGAGGUGACCACGACCACUACGACCACUACGACCACCACGAAAAACAGAUCGAUUGCAUCCAUACCUUUGGCGUCUAUUGGAGCUCGCGCAGCGGGAUUUGCUUCGCAUGAGGAACGAGAGAUGACACGACUUGUCUCCGCUGCUACAAACGUAACAUUGCAAAAGCUGGAGCUUAAAUUGAAAUACUUUAAUGAGAUUGAAGGUAUUCUUCGAGCGGAAAGGCGUGAGUUGGAGCGGGGUCGACAGCAAUUGCUCUUGGACAGGUUGGCUUUCAAGCGCCGGGUGGGCAAAGCCAUGGAGAGUUUGAAGACGGCAACUACCAUAGGUGGCGACCAAGGCAUUCGCAUGGCACAGGAAGCUCUUCUACCUGAUGGAGAAAAGUUGGGUUUCCAACCCGUAACUGGAGAGCCAUCCGUCCAAGCACCUAGUAGCAAUGGACAAAUGAAAAGCUACGAAGCAUAA